GUGACGUCAUAAUUGUGCGCCGCAGGCUUUAUUUUAUUUGGAAAGUGGGCAUUUGCUCUGCUCGAAGAAAGGAGGAAUUUUCGUAAACACGGGAUGCCUCUGCCUCCAGCACUGCUGGCCCGCUUGGCCAAGAGAGGGAUUGUUAAACCCACAGAUCAAGAGGCGGAUGAAGAGAUUAUUGCUGAAGAUUAUGAUGACAACAACGUAGAUUAUGAAGCAACCAGAAUAGAGAAUCUACCUCCUAACUGGUACAAAGUGUUUGAUCCUACUUGUGGUCUUCCUUAUUACUGGAAUGUGGAAACAGAUCUGGUUGCCUGGCUGUCCCCAAAUGACCCCACGUCUGUGAUAACCAAACCUGCCAAGAAAAUUAAAGCUGACGGUGGAGAUGAAAGAGUGGAGAGGCCGUUUGAGAAACAAGACAGAGAGCGAGAACGAGAUCGGGAAAGAGAUCGAGAUCGGGAAAGAGACCGAGACCGAGAUAGGGAUAGAGAUAGGGAUAGGGACAGGGAAAGGGAUAGAGAAAGAGACAGAGACCGAGACAGAGAUAGAGACCGGGAGAGGGAUGAUGGGAGGGACAGAGACAGGAGAAAACCGAGGAGAGAAGAUGUGGCGCCCUAUAGCAAAAGCAAAAGAGGAAGAAAAAAUGAUGAAGAGAUGGACCCCAUGGAUCCAAGUGCCUAUUCUGAUGCUCCAAGAGGUUCAUGGUCCAGUGGCCUGCCCAAACGUAACGAAGCAAAAACUGGCGCAGAUACCACAGCAGCAGGACCUCUGUUCCAGCAACGGCCGUAUCCCAGUCCAGGAGCCGUGCUUCGGGCUAACGCAGCAAACCAACUACCGAAGGAGUGAGCAGACGUCCCAUGAAGACAACAGCUCCCACACAUCUGUGUUGUUGGUCAUCUUUUGUUCAGAUUUUAUCCUCUUACAGUUGUUAGAUGCAUGCAUGUCACAAAAGCAGCCCUGAGCUUUUGGCCCAUCAGUUCUUCAUACUCAUGUCAAACAUCUUGUAAAUAUAUUUUAUAUUACCUGAAGAUAGACUUUUUGUUGCAUCUAGACUCAUCAGUGAACUUAAUAAAUUUACUGUGAAAAA